GCUUUGUCUUCUCAAGGUUUCUAAGCUAACUUGCUUUCUAAGUCCUGUUCUAGUUUGCUUGCUAUUGGUACAAGUUAUUCUUUCAUGGGGUUUAUUCAAUUUACUCUGUUGGGCACUUGACACGUUAAAGUUGGUAACUUGGAUACCCAAUAUCCUUUUUUUGUUUGUUUGUUUGUUUGGUAAUCGUUGAAAAAAAAAGAAAAAAAAAGAGAGGAUGAAACUGUGUCUUCUCUGUUCUAUUUUAUUAAUAAUCGCCAUAGCUGUCAUAGUUGUUUCUUGUCAUCGUCAAAGCAAUCAUCUUUUUAUUUCCAUCCAAUUGUAUUGUAUGUUCUUCUUAGUAGAAGUCUAAGUUGCUGCCGCCGAAAUUGAAGCCUUAUGAUGGCUUGUCUUUGUAGUUGCUUUCAAGACAAGGACCCUGAAGAAAUUUUAGAUGGAUCCAGUCAUAGAAACAUCAGCCAUCAUAAUUCCCCUAUUCAUAAGUUCUUUGAUAAGUAUGCAUCUUUCUUCUGCAAUGGGCAAAUGAAUGCCCCCCCUUUGUCCCAUCAGGAGGUAGCUUCUUCAACUCCAAAUGGGGCACCUGAAACUAUUUUAUCUCCUCCUACAACUUUGGCAUUUCAUUCUGAUUUGAGACAAGCCAAUGUGCAAUGGGAUGGACUUGUAACAGGACACCAAAAAGGUGCAGGCGUUUUGCACAGUGAAACACAACUCAGAGGUAAUAGUAUUCAAAUUGGCCAAGACCUUGUAACUCAGUCAUAUUGCGGAGAGAAAUCAAAAAAAUGUCACUCAGAGUCUCCAAAGAAGAUAUCAUUGAAAAAUAGAGAAGCUGGAUAUGUUUAUGACCAUGCAUUACAAGAAGAGGAGGAUGUUUGUCCUACAUGUCUUGAAGAAUACACUCCUGAAAAUCCUAAGAUUAUGACACAUUGUUCUCACCAUUACCACCUUAGUUGUAUAUAUGAAUGGAUGGAGAGAAGCGAAACCUGUCCAGUUUGUUGCCAGGUGUUGACAUUUGAUGAAACAAAGUAAUCUCAAAUUGCUCACGGCAUGUAAAGAGUGAAGAUGAAGCUACAAUUUCCGAAGCAAAUGAUGUUAAGCAGAGUUUAUGAUAAGUUCUCAUCAUCAACAUCGAUGUGAGAGACAGAAUAGGAUCUGAACACAUUCUAAAUACAUGCAUUCUAAGAGAUUCCCUCUAUCUCAUGUUAAAUUCAUUAGUUCAGUUGUUCUUGUUGACUGGAUGGGCUGAAACACACCUUUUUUUUUCUUUUUCUUUUUUUUUCUGAAUUCUUUUUAGCACCCCUAGUGUUUAUUGUACAUGACUUCUAAUAUUGGAAGUCCUGGUGAUUUUUUGAAGAA